UUUAUGUGUCAGUCUUUGCAGUGACUUGUGUGUAUACAUCAGCUCUAAGCUAUGGUUUCUAUGUCAAGUUUUUUUCUUCAUAGUUCUUCCUCUGCUUCCUGGUUCUAAGUGUAUUGUAUUUUCUGCUUCAUUUCCUGGUUCAUGACUAUGGAUUUACCCUUGGCUUUGUGUUCCACUUAACACUCAAAUAAAGCAGAGGUUGAGAUUGUGUUUGUUGUUUGGAAGCAGCAUCAUUCAGGACCUCUCACGGACAUGGAGAUAAUAUACGAAUAUAUUAGUAAGGAUCACCUUUUCUCGUACACUGUUGGUGCCUUUGUGCUGUUAUGGGCUUUGAUAUGGCUGUACCGUGACAGCCUGGAAAUCGACAAAAUCAGAGACAAGUAUGUGUUCGUCACCGGCUGUGAUUCAGGUUUUGGGAACCUGCUAUGUAAACAACUGGAUAAACGUGGUUUCCACGUCUUGGCUGGUUGCUUGACGGAAAAAGGAGCAGAUGACCUAAAGAGAGUGACGGGACCGAAUCUGAAGACCUGCAUACUGGAUGUUACUAGCACAAGUAGUAUUCAGAACGCUGUGCAAUGGACGAUGAAGGAGGUUGGAGACAGAGGUUUGUGGGGGAUCGUGAACAAUGCAGGCCGCUCGUUACCCUUGGGCCCUUCUGAGUGGAUGCAGAUCGAGGAUUUCCAGAGCACUCUAAGGGUCAACAUGACUGGUGUGAUUGAAAUGACCAUGAAUUUUCUACCACUAGUCAAGAAAGCUCGUGGACGAAUUGUUAACGUGGCUUCAGUGCUGGGCAGAGUGGCAGCAAACGGAGGUGGAUACUGCAUUUCCAAGUUUGCGGUGGAAUCCUUUUCCGAUUGCCUCAGGAGGGACAUUCAACAUUUUGGAGUCAAAGUAUGUAUAAUAGAACCCGGGUUCUUCAAGACGCAGAUGACAAGCCUGGACCUACUUGAACGGGAACUUCAUCGCCUGUGGAACCAACUGACACCUGAAGUGAAAGAAAGCUAUGGAGAAAAAUACCUGGAUAAUUACAUAAAAGUACAGCAAUUGAUCAUGAAUGCCAUUUGUGAUGCUGAUUUGAGUAAAGUGACCAACUGCAUGGAGCACGCUCUGUCUGCUGCUCACCCAAGGACCCGGUACAGCGCUGGAUGGGAUGCCAAACUCCUCUGGAUCCCUCUGUCUUACAUGCCAGCUUGUGUUGUUGACAUUGCACUGAGACUUGUGUUGCCACGGCCUGCCAAGAGUGUUUUAUAGAUCCUAACUUGAGUUGAAAUCGACCAUAUCCAGUGUUCCAUUACUAAUCUAGACAGGAGUCUUCUCGAAAGGAAGAUUUAUUUCUAUUUACACUUUAUUUAAGUGAUACAAAAUAUCUGUUCAUGCCGGUGCAUAUUUUGUCUUGUUUGAUGAAGUUAAGAAAUUAUUAUCAGGUGUUUCUCUAUACUACAAGUGACAUGUUGAUCCCUUAGCUACUAGUAAACCAAAAAUAUCUGACCAAAUAUUUUAUUUAUAACCACCUGUGCCUUUUUCUCGCUAUGUAUAUUAUUGGCAACAGGAAUAUUUUAAUCGAUGUUUAACAAAUGUCUUUGAAACAAUAAAGAUGCGAAUAAACCCAUUGUUUAUUACAAUAUGUUUGAUAUAAUAUAAUUGUUUAAUGUGACUAAUUCAAAAAUUAAUUAAUAUAAAUUUGCACCAAUGUAUGAGUGUAAUUUAUUAAAAUCUAGUGACACAAUCUUCUCAACCCCUCAAAUGUAAAAUUGUCAUGCCAUUUUCAUUCCAAAAGAUUCAUCCUUUUUUGUCAGGUUUCUCUUAAAUUCUUUA